AUGUCCGACUUUACCAGUCUAACUGGGAAGUUUCGUAUCCAGAAAGAAAAAUCAACCAAAGCCACUAAAACCACCAGACGGCAUCGAGAAGCAGUAGCUUGCAGUCGGUGUCGCGCAAAUAAGCUGCGUUGCGAUCGGCAGCACCCAUGCAGAUCUUGCGUUCAGAAAGAUGAAGCCCCUCUCUGUUCUUUCCAACGCGCUUUGCCGACGGCGAAAGACGCCGCGACUGCGAAAGAUCGUUUGGCUCAUUUGGAGUCACUCGUCAAGGAGCUGAUGCAGAGUGAGCCAAGCGAGGACUCAUCUCCGGGGAAUGAUGCGCUGGCAGAUCCUAGACUCCCAGAUCAGAACCCAAUUGGAACCUUAGGAAAAGCGGCCUAUGUUGGGUCGACGCACUGGUGUGCGAUUCUGGACGAUAUCCAUGAGCUGAAAGUGGCCCUGGGCCGCCACGAGGAACCACGCGAGACCCCAGACGGGCACAACGCCUAG